AUGCCGUCAGGAGAUACUAGCGAAGAGCAGAAAAAGGUCAAACUACUUGAGCGUCGCAUCGCACAAUUGGGAAUCACAAACCUAAAGGAAUACCAUUUGAUUUAUGCACUGCAAUCUUAUCAUUCACAAGGGGAUGUUGAUAAGGCUUUCGAGUUGCUCCUCCUCCUUGAGGACUCGAUUGAGGGAAUAGUAAGGGACUACACGCCGCGCACGAAGCUUCUGGGAGCGGAAAACCGCGAAAAUGUCACCUGCUACCUGGACUCACUUCUCUUCGCCAUGUUCGCUCGGCUUGAUUGCUUCGAGGCUAUUCUGUACAAGUCGUUCAAUGACGAACCUCGUCGAAAGCUUGCGAUUUUGCUAAGAUUUUGGGUCAACAUGUUGCGGUCGGGAAAGCUCAUAACAACAGAUAUUACCAAGCAUUUGCAAGACGCGCUGGCUGAAUGCGGGUGGGAGGACGCGGCUAAACUUCGUCAGCAAGAUACCUCGGAAGCAUUCACCUUUAUAACAGAAAAGCUAGAGCUGCCUCUUCUCACCCUGAAGAUGGAUAUCUAUCAUACAGGAAAAGAGGAUGUGAGUGGCGACCACAAAUUUGUCAACGAAAGACUAUUAGAAGUGGCGAUACCAGAACCUGUUGAUGGAAAUACUGUUACGUUGGAGGAUUGCCUAGAGUCGUACUUCAACAAUAGGAUUGAAGUGAAGCGCCACCUAGAACGCCGUAACACGGCGGGCUCCACCAAGUCGGUUGAUUCCAUGGCGAAAGGUUUCACGGCACACGUGGAAGCCGUAGAGGUUUCUCCUUCACUCACGGCAACUCCGACCUCGUCAACUCCGGCGCGACUUGAUAGUAUAACCCCGAUAUCAUCGGCGACAGAAAAGACCGAUAUGCGUGUAUCAUUACCUCGGCGAAGCAGCAUUGUACAAGCACGAUUUAUACCCGACUCAGAGGAUGAAAAAACAACCGACGGCGGCGCUACGACGUUUACGCGCAAGGGCUCUUACAGAAAGGAGGUUAUGAUGCCUGCAUGGCAAAUUUUUAGCUUAAUUCCAUGGUACACAGAUAACACUCCCACCAAUGAUGCGCAGGUUGCGGCUCACUUUUCUUUGAAGCGACCGAUCCUCGGCAUGUGUCUGAAGCGAUACUCUAUGCUGCCUAAUGGAAAAGCAGUUAGGCUAGACACCGUUGUUGAUAUCCCGACGGAAAUUGGGCUGCCGCAUUUUAUCCAGGACGACAAUAUGGAGGAAGAAGGGCCCAUCUAUGGGAACUUCAAGUUGUCGUUGCAAGCAAUGGUCUGUCAUCGAGGCUCGUCGGUCGAUUCGGGACAUUAUAUCGCCAUCGUCCGAGGAACCAGUGCUGGUGCACCUCCAGCCAGCUCCCAUGGAGUUGAACAGCAUUCCUCGAAUAAUCCGCGAUAUUGGAUGCGGUUUGAUGAUAUGGCCACGGAGCGCGUUACACUAGUUAAUAUUGAGCAAGCCCUGAAGUAUGAAUCGCCAUACCUCUUGUUUUACCAGAUACUUCCUAUCGACGAGGAUGCGGCAGCGGCCAACUUCCCUAAUAAAUUGUCUUCUGAAGAAACGCCUGAGGAUAGCCAAGAAUCAGACUUUGCGACAAACCUCCAGAAGUUGAAUCUGUCACCGACAAAUAUCCGGGAAGCAGAUCGUGCCGAGCUAUUUCGUCCCCAGCGACCCAGUUUUGAAAUUACAGCCCCGCAUAAUGCAGAGAGUAUGCCGGAUCUAACCGAAAGAAAGCAAAGUAUUGUCUUUUCAGAUGCUGCCGAUGCUGCCGAUUCUACCCAUAGUAUCGGGGCACGUAUGGUCUAUGCCGCCUCCACAUCGCCACAGCUCAGCGCCAGAGACGAUGAUGGCAGGAGGAGUUCGAACUCAUUCUCUCGACAUGGCUCAAGGGUGACCAGAAGCAAUCCUAGCAGCCGCGCAGGGAGCCAAACCAGUGAAAAUAGGGUCAGUGCUACUUUUGCACGGUUUACUGGACGGCUCAGUCGAGACAAAAUCAGCAAUGAUGGAUUCCCGAUCGAAGGAGACGACGAAUUGACGGGAUGUAAUGAACCUGCUGGCCAGGUGGGCGAGAGGUCGGUCCCUAGUAGCGUUGAGAGCAAGGAAAAGAUUCUAUGGCGCUCUAGAGACAUGGGCAAGUCUCGAGAGAAACCUAGGUCGCGGGAGAAGAUUGGACGAAAGUUGGAACGAGAGUGCCUGGUGAUGUGA